AUGGCAGACGACGUGGAGCAGCAACAACCAACCAACACCGUAGAAGAGCCCUUGGGUCUCAUCAGCCUAGAUGAGCGAAUUUAUGUGAAAAUGAGAAAUGACAGAGAGCUUCGAGGCAGAUUACAUGCUUAUGAUCAGCAUUUAGAUAUGAUAUUGGGAGAUGUGGAAGAAACUGUGACUACCAUAGAAAUUGAGGAGGAAACAUACAAAGAGAUCUAUAAAUCAGCAAAAUGGAAUAUUCUGAUGCUUUUUGUCCAGGGAGAUGGUGUUGUACUAGUUGCCCCUCCAUUCACAGCUAAAACAAAGAAUUUAUCGUGUUUGGAAUAUAGGAGUUUUUGUAUGACUGCCUCUUUAAAUGUAGAAGACAUUCAAAAGAGAAACCUGCAUAAAUGUUGAUAGUAAGAAAUAACCAAGGAUUCUUCCACUCCUGAAAUGAGUUGAUUUGCAGAUAGCUCAAA